GGGGACAAUUAUAAUAUAUAUAAUUCAGUACUAUUUCCUAAAAAGAGGAAUUGACUAAUCUACCAGAAUACCAGUGUUUUCUUCUGGCAGAUCAGCCAAGCCAGAAAAUGUGAUUAAUCUGACCGCGAGAAAAGGCAUGUAUGCUUAUUUCUGAGGCGGGGAAGCCUUUUCGUGGCGUACAGGAAGUAAUAUACAUGAUGGACACGAGCGUAAUGGAAGAUUUAAAUCUAAACAUGGAUACAUCUGAGCCUACUGAAUGCAAAAAUGACUACUUUUGCGCGCUCUGCAAUUACAGAUGUGCAACACCAGCGCUUCUCGAGUAUCAUUUUAGUAAAAUCAGUCAUGCAAAGGUUGAAGAGGCAAUUGAACAUUAUGGCUCUUCUAGGCUACUUGUAGAAGCGGAAGAAGAACAAGAAGAAAAUAUGAAUAAUGCACAGAAUUUUCAACUUACUCCCAUUCAUACAUACAAUGUUCGCCUUGGACCAAUGUUGAAUCCCCCUGGUAAUACGUUGGAAGAGAUGCUUGAUGUUUGCAAAGCCACAGAACCUGCACUUGGUCUUGAAUUUAUCUAUGAAUACCAUCCAGAUAAAGAGGGAAAUUGUAUGUUUGAUUGUACAUUGUGUAAUUUUAAAACCGUUUUGAAGAGCAUGUUUAGGCACAUCAUUGGGGACAAGCACAAGAUUGCCUACAUAAGCAUACAUCACCCUGAAGAAGGCAUCACAAAUAAAUACAAAGUAAACACUGUACCAGCAUACAAACGCUUAAAGGAAGUUGCUUUCCGUAUUGAGAAUGCCGAAGGAAGGAAAAAAACAAAUGUUUCUAUGUCUACUUAUGAUCCACAAUAUCUUACUGGUGAAUAUUUAUGUCGCAGCUGUAUACUUCUGAGGAAGGCAUAUGCACCGGAUGAGCCCACUAGAAUUGAAAAAAGCGUACUCGAUUAUCAGCAUAAAUCUUUUCAAGAGUUAAAGGCUGAUUAUGAAGAACAACAGAGGAAAGCAGAAGCAAGAGGGGAAGCUGCUGAAGCUGGUAGUGGUGAACUGAAAUUUAGUGAGCGGGAUCCAGUUCAAAUAUUUUACAAUGAAGAGCUGUUUAAUUACUUGAAAAUGUUUCACACAGUAAACGACGAUAACCUUCUGUUUGUCAUAAAAAUGGUUGAGAAUCUUUCAAAGGCUUUAGAGCGCCAUAAACCAGGAAAUAAUACGUAUAUUUUUACCAGAACAAUGGCUAAUAUGUUCCAAAGAAAAUGUCAAGAAGAAAUGGAAAUGUUGGCCGCACAACAGUCCAGUAAAACAUCUCACAGCAAUGAUGAAGGGUCUGGCAGAAAUGUGCAACAAGGCUCUAGCAGAAAUUCGCCACAAAGAUCUGGCAGAAAUUCGCCACGCAACUUUGGCAGAAAUGUGCCACAGCAGUCUAGCGCAAAUGCGCCAUGGCAAUCGGGCAGAUAUUCACAACAUUCUGAUUAUAUAGAUCGUCCUGCAGUCUCACAAUGGUCUAAUGUCUCUGGACAAUCAUCAGAUUGCACAAGCACUUGAUGAUAACUUAAACAGGUACUAAGAUGGCAAGAGUUCACAAAAUCCUUACUCGUGGGAAUUUACUCCUAGCCACCAGGAGGAGGCAGAGACCCUACAACAACGCUUUUAAAUAUCUCUCCCACUUCCCGUCUUUGCUUGUCAAGGAGUGGGCAAGGAGAGAAGAGGUGUUCUAAAAGAAUUCUUCUCACCCUCAGUGGAUAGUUCCCAGACGAGAGGGUUUUUAUUCAUUCAUAAAUUAAGUACAAAAAAGGAAAAAAAAGCAUUUAAGACAUUAUAAUUACUUAAAUGAGGAAAAAAAAAAAUUAUUGUCUUGCUCAACCUCAAUCUCUCUCUCUCUCUCUCUCUCCUCGUCCAGGAUAAAAUAAUUGUUGUGAUCACUUCACCUUAACAUCCAGUGCUUUAUUUUUGUUUUUGUUUAAAAAAAGAAAACACACAACCCCCCUCCACUCCAUUCAACAUUUACCUACAUUUUACCAGAAACCUUAAAGUACUAUAUCACUGUUCCUGAGGGAUAUAUUAAUUUGUCUUGUUCCCUCUCUGUCUGGACUCUAAUAAACAAGGCCCAUUCCUGAAAAAAACUUCUGUAUUUCUUUUCGUCAUUCAUGGGUGUAUCAAAUUGUUCUAUAAUAAGAUUUUUAAUAAAGUUUAUCCAUUCAGAUAA